UGGCCGGUCGUCGAGGCCGGCGGCGCAGCGGCAAAAAUGGGGAAAAAGCACUCACCUCGUCGCCUUUGAAGCCCUGCCGGCCAAGACUGCCGAAAGCGCCUUUGAAGCCCUUCGGACCGACGACGCCGAUGGGACCCAUGUUGCCGGGAUGACCUCGUUCGCCGGUGUCUCCGAUUGGUCCCGGAGGUCCCUGUUCGAGCGGGCGGCAGAGGGAGACGGAAAAGAGAGCAUACAAAAACACUCAAAACUAAGGCAGGGAGAUAAAGUCGAGACAGAGAUUCUGCAUCUGAAAGGACCAAUGGAAGAUGGUGCCUCUCCCCGGAAGACCUUUGCAGGUCUCGUCGACCGUCUUCCACUUUGGAGCAGCGGGUCGCCGGAUUGCCCAAAGCGGCUAAGCUACAAAACGACCAGAUUGUCAACGAAGACGUCGCCAGUAGCUGAGGACAAUCAGGAAGCUUGUUUCAGAAGUCACCGUAACGAAUCGCAGAAAAGAGGUUGGGAACGAAUUCAUCAUUACCCAACGUACGGUCGAGGUGAGGACUUUCUCUGA